AUGGCCGCUAGAAUAAAACAACUCGCAAGUCACCUCUCUGCUCCAGCCAUGCCAGCCGAAUUGUGGCAGGAAGUCCCGCUCGCGCCCCCGGAUAGUAUCUUCAAACUCACCGCCGCGUACAAAGCGGACCCUUUUGAGAAGAAAGUGAAUCUCGGUGUGGGUGCUUACCGUGAUGACGAUAAUAAACCUUGGGUUUUACCCGUCGUCAAAAAGGUUACUCGGAUUCUUUUGAAUGACGAGACGCUCGAUCAUGAAUAUCUCCCGAUCACUGGGCUUCCGGAAUAUACAGCUGCCGCGGCAAAGUUGAUCCUCGGUCCUAGUUCGAUCGCACUUACAGAAGGAAGGACCGUUAGUGUCCAGACUAUCUCUGGAACGGGUGCCAAUCAUUUGGGAGCCUUGUUUUUGUCGAGGUUUUACACAUGGAAUGGGGCACCGAGGAUUUAUUUGAGUAAUCCGACCUGGGCCAACCACCACGCGAUCUUUAAAAAUGUCGGGAUCGAGCCUGUAGAAUACCCAUACUAUGAUCCGAAGACCAUUGGAUUGGAUUUUGAAGGAUUCAUUGGUUCGCUCCGGGCUGCGCCUGAGCGUUCCGCGUUCUUGCUUCAUGCGUGCGCGCACAACCCUACGGGCGUAGACCCCACGGAGGAACAGUGGAAGGUGAUCGCGCAGGUCAUUUUGGAGAAGAAACACUAUGCGUUCUUCGACUGCGCUUAUCAAGGCUUCGCGAGUGGUGAUUUGGACAAGGACGCCUGGGCGGUGAGGUACUUUGUUGAGCUUGGGGUGCCGCUUCUUGUGUGCCAGAGCUUUGCGAAGAAUGCGGGGUUGUACGGUGAACGUGUGGGUGCGCUUCACGUUGUUAGCGCGAACUCGGAGACUGCGACGCGUGUGAAGAGUCAGCUGUCGGUGUUGCAGCGAAGUGAGAUUAGCAACCCUCCAUCGCAUGGUGCCAGACUGGUGUCUCUUAUUCUCAACGACGCUGGGUUGUUUGAGGAAUGGAAGAGAGACAUUCGAACGAUGGCGGAGCGAAUUAUUGCGAUGCGACACGAGUUGCACAGGUUGCUAACUCAGGAAUUGAAAACUCCUGGUAACUGGGAUCAUAUCGUUAACCAGAUUGGGAUGUUCAGUUUUACGGGGAUCAACCCAGAACAGAGCAAGGGGCUUGUUGAGCAGGCCCAUAUUUAUCUUACUGCGAACGGACGGAUUUCGAUGGCUGGGUUAAACAGCCACAACAUUAGAUACUUUGCGGAGAACUUGGACAAAGUCGUUCGGUAG